AUGGCCGCCCGCCUCGAAGGCAAGACCAUCCUCAUCACAGGCGCCUCGUCCGGCAUCGGGCGGAGCUGCGCCUUCGAGUUCGCGCGCACGGCGCCGCGCGACCUGCGCCUGGUGCUGACGGCCCGCCGCGCCGACCGCCUGCGCGAGGUCGCCGACGCCAUCCGCGCCGAGGUCGGCGACGGCGUCAAGGUGCACGUCGUCGGGCUCGAUGUGGCGGAUCCCGCGCAGGUGCGGGGGUUUGUGGGCGGGUUGCCGGAGGGGUUCAGGGGGGUGGAUGUGUUGGUGAAUAAUGCCGGACUGGUGAAAGGAGUCGCCCGCGCCCCUGAGAUCGCCGAGAACGACAUCGACGUCAUGUUCCAGACCAACGUCACCGGCCUGAUCAACAUGACCCAGGCCAUCCUGCCCAUCUUCAAGGCCCGCCCCGAGGGCGGUGCCGGCGACAUCAUCAACAUUGGCAGCAUCGCCGGCCGGGAGCCGUACCCCGGCGGCAGCAUCUACUGCGCGACCAAGGCUGCCGUGCGCGCCUUCUCUGACUCGCUACGAAAGGAACUGAUCGAUACCCGGAUCCGCGUGAUGGAAGUUGACCCCGGGCAGGUCGAGACGGAAUUCUCGGUCGUUAGGUUUUACGGCGACAAGUCCAAGGCCGACGCCGUUUAUGCUGGCUGCGACCCCCUGACGCCCGAGGAUAUCGCCGAGGUAGUCGUCUUUGUCGCGGGUAGGCGACAGAACGUGGUUAUUGCCGACACAUUAAUCUUCCCCAGCCAUCAAGCCGGUGCUGGUACUAUGCACCGUAAACAGACAUGA